GUUUCUUCUUACUACCACUCUCCAAUAAUACACACGAAAAAUCGACAUGGAAGGAUGCCAAUAGAAACAAUUAAAAAUCCUUUAGAAAGUCCUCUUCCAUGUGGUUUAAACAAUUUAAGAGAUAAUGUAUAUCCCGGGAAACUUAAUGAUCCUAGUUUUUUGAAUGUGCUCUUGAACAGUAAAGAUUUAUAUUGUCAGUCAUUCUUAGACGAAACUGAGCUGAAGCGCGCAAUUAAUGGUCUGAAGUUGAUUCAAAAGCAGCAGCAAAAUUACCCCCCUAGACAUGGGUAUUGGAAGCUUCACGCCUCUCCCCAUGAUAAUCAUAAAAGUCUGAUUAUACCGAAAAGUUGGAUACAUGAUACACCUCAUAUGAAACUUUUGUUUCAUAGGCUGCAAAAUUUACCAGACGGUGAUUUACUAUUAAGCCAUGAUAUUAUGAAUGGGAUUGGUUACUUUUUUAGCGGCGGUAUUGCUGGCAUCGUGUCUCGUACCUGCACAGCUCCUUUGGAUCGGCUUAAAGUAAUUUUGAUCUCCGAUACAGGAUCCAAGCCAUCUUCGAAAUAUCCGUUCUCUACAUUAAUACAUGCAACUAAGGGUCUUUACCAGCGAAGUGGAAUCCGAAGUUUUUUUGUAGGGAACGGCAUCAACGUUCUAAAGGUCAUGCCAGAAUCGUCAAUUAAAUUUGGAUCGUAUGAAGCCAUGAAAAGUCUUUUCGGUAAUUCUAGUACUCAGGAACAUAAUCCGCUUUACUCCUAUCUAGCAGGUGGAUUUGCGGGAACAGCCGCUCAAUUCUUUAUUUAUCCAGUCGAUACAUUAAAGUUUCGGAUUCAGUGCAGCGAUUUUAGCAAGCGAAAAGGAGGAGAAAGUGUCGUUUUUGAAAAUGCGAAACAAUUGUAUAGAUCGAGCGGGAUUCGAGGUUACUACAGGGGUAUACUGAUUGGGGUACUUGGGAUGUUUCCCUACAGUGCUACGGAUUUAGGAACUUUUGAAGGUCUCAAAAAGACGUGGAUCGGUAUACUUUCGAACAAAGACAAUAUUGAUCCUCAAGAUGUAAAGCUGCCUAAUGGGUUAGUUAUGGUUUUUGGAGCACUCUCUGGUAGUAUAGGAGCCACGUUGGUCUUUCCUUUAAAUGUAAUACGUACACGGCUUCAGACACAAGGCACCCCUGGCCAUAUUGCUUCAUAUACUGGUUUCAUUGAUUGUUUUUUGAAGACUACCAAGAAAGAGGGAUUCCGAGCUUUAUAUAAGGGUUUGUCACCCAACUUGCUCAAAGUGGCUCCUAGUGUGGCUAUUUCAUACUUGGUAUAUGAAAAUUCAAAAAAUAUUCUGGGUUUGGAAUGAAGUACUAGUAACGGUUUUUUUAGGUAAGCAUGCAUUCUUUUGUUUUAAGGUUGGAAAUAUUAUAAUUUGUGUAUUUAUUGAUUACAAGUAUCCUCAUA